CCCAGUUUUCGCCCGUUAGACACUUUGACAUGUGUUUAUGUCAUCGUGAUGUUUUGACAGUAGAAACGUCAAAACAUUCUAUAUCGGGACAAGAAAAUCGAAAUAUAAUUGAAUUGGUGAAUGGCUUCCGGACUUGGAAAUUGAUAGUCAAGUAAAAGACAGAAGAACAAAGAGAAGUAGAAGAUAGAAAUAAGUGAUGAAAAAAUUGAUGUGAUAUCACCAGCUCGGGGCUGACGAUGAAUUCCCGGUGCAUCAAAGUAGAACCGCUUGUCGAAUUCCCGGAAAUUGAAGUGGUGCGGUUCCGAUGGAUACCGAAUUUGAUGCGACAGAUAACAGAUUAGUUGGGGAAGAGGUGCUGGCAUUAGAAGAAGUGGACAAUCCGCAAUUCUACGCAACGAUAUUGAUGAAAGAGGAGCAGUCUGAGGAAUUCUAUGAGGAGCCGAGCAGUAGAUUGGAUCAUAAUAUAUCGCUUUUGUCUGAGAGGGUGAAGAAUCGUGGCGACGAUAUCAGUGUGGAAAUAAGUUCGUUGAAGAGGAGUUUUCGAUGUCCUUUAUGCAGCAAGGAGUACGCAAGGAAAGAUCACCUGAAUUACCACAUGAAAAUUCAUGCCGGUUUCAAGGAUUUUAAAUGCGACGUUUGCAACAAAGAGUUUCGACAGCGAGUCCACCUGCGUAAUCAUAAAAAGGUUCAUACCGGCGAGAGGGAGUUUAAGUGCCAAGUUUGCGGCAAAGACUUUGUCCUUAAGCAUCACUUGACCACUCACAAUUCAAAGAUACACACAUGCAAUAUGCAGCAUGUUGUCGGUGGCCCGAAGAGAUAUUUUAAAUGUCAGAUAUGCACCAAAGAAUUUGUUAGAAAAGAUCACUUCUUAUAUCACACCAAGAUUCACACAGGUUUGAGAGAUUUCAAGUGCACAAUUUGCAGCAAAGAGUUUAGGCAAAAAACUCACUUGAAAAACCACAUGAAACUCCACACAGGCGAAAGAGACUUUAAGUGCGAUUUGUGUGGGAAAGAAUUUUCCCUCAAACACCAUCUGACUACCCAUAAUUUGCGAAUUCACGCCUGUAGUGUGAAACAGGUCAACGGUCAGGAUAACAGGGACUUGCCGACUUGUAGAAUAUGUAAUCAAGAAUUUAUAACCAAACGCCAUUUGAACGGACACAUGAAAGUACAUUCCAAUUCAAUCGAGCUCAAGUAGCUGGCAUCAAAUACGAAGGUUUUGUUCAAAAGUAUUUCCUAUUUACUGUAUAUUUAAGUGAGGCAAUGAAGUGAAAUUUAUUUAUUAGAAUCGAUAUCGCUGAUUUUUACAUUUAAGGAUACCGCACGUUGUAUAAAUUUUUGUCUACUUUGUGGGGCUCACUAUCAGAUAUAAUAUCUGUAAAAUUGUACCAAUCUGAUAGAGAUGGCUCUAUUUAUUUAUUUAUUUAUUUAUUUAUUUAUUUAUUUAUUUAUUUAUUUAUUUAUUUAAUCACGCACUAAUUCGUUGAAUUAUCUUAGGUAGAUACAAUAUUUUGAGUGUAUUUAUACAUUUAUACAUUUUAUCCACCGAAUCAUGUCUCACUUUUUUCGAUAUGUUAGUAAUCCAUUGGUAGAUGUUGAUUGCUCGCAGUGAACCCAAAAAAAAACAUCCAUAAUUCAAUGAUAUUUUCUAAUUAAAUAACAACAAUCUCGAAUCUUUAAAUAAAUAUUCAUCAUUCUCGAAAGCGAACAUCUUCUCGUACAGGAUCUCUGAAGUUUAAAAUUCUACGAUCCCGCGACAAGUUUCCUUUUAGUAAAAAAUCUCUGUACCAUAUUCACUGAGAAAAGAAAUUGGGCCUUAUGGCGACAAGAGAGCGUCAAAGAUAUUGCGUGAUUUCAAUUCAAUGCGACACCUUACCUUACACCACGACCGUAUUGUUGGAAGAGGUAAAAGUUUUAUAGGAGAAUCUUCAGAGUCCGUGCGAUCGUGUCAGGUGCCAGACGGUGCUCACUUGCGUCUAUAUACUGUGUCUGGGUGUACAUGGAAAAGAUCAGAAAUAGUCGACAACUAGCUAGAAAAGAAAAUCUUCUUCCAGACAUCCUCCUCGGAGGGCAGUUUCCCUCGAACUCGAAGCCAGAUUUGCCCGCGAAAUUAUUUUCCCGUGACUCCGAGAACUUUUAUCCAAUACCUCGCGUACCAUCUGGCUUCAAACACCCUCGAGUCGCAACUGCGGGAAAUUGUCGAGGAAAAUGUUUCGCAAUUACGCCUUGCUUUGGGGGAGCAGCAAGAUGAGUUUGAACAGCCACACUUGUGUACUGCACACGUUUAUGUAUACCCAUCUCGUUCUAACAUCAUUACCCACCUGUAAAACUUACUUGCUAAUAAUAUAUCAUGGCGGAUUCCGUCUCACUGAAAUUGAAAUGAAUUUAAACUUAGAUUUCAUGGUGUAGUUGAGGAUUUUAUUACACGGUAUUCUCAUUGUAAUUGCAU